AUGGGCAUCCCGCCCGGCUGCGGGGCUCCUCGCCCCGGGCGGCCAGGUGAACGGCGCCGAGAUGGUUACUGGUUUCGGGGGCCGCGGCGGCAGCAGCAGCGAAUGUCGCUCUCGGGCUAGGCUGGGCUGAGCCGGGCCCACCUCCCCACUCUCCGUCCGUCCCUCCCCCUCCGCUCGCCUCCCUUGAUUGUGGGCGGUUGCCAUUUAAAUACACAAGGAGCAACAUGGCGGACAGCUCGGAGAGGCCGUCUUCAGAAGCGAAGGUCAGGCUGGUGAAUCGUCGCCCCUGGUGACCCUCUCCUCCAGUCCCGCCGAGCCGGAUGCUCAGGAUCUCUCUCCUCUCCGAAAGAUUAAUUGGCAACUUCAAAUAACUCCUUGGUGUAGAGUAACAUCAUGAAGAAUCUAACGGGAAUCGAUUGGAGCAUUCGAGAGAGAAGUGAAGAGAAUAAUGUCUGAAGACUGUCAAUCAUACUGUGACCGAAAUGCCCUAGGGGUGUUUUUGGAGUAGAGCCAAGCUGCUUAUAUGCCCACAAGAUGAGUGGAAUGGGUGAAAACUCCUCUGACCUUGCCAGAUUAGACUCCAGAAAACGCAAGGAAUCACCGUGUGACCAUCCGCGACCGAGCCCUAAACGUAGUACUGAGAAACGUCACCGUGAGCAAGAGAAUAAGUAUAUUGAAGAACUUGCUGAGCUGAUAUUUGCUAAUUUCAGUGACAUUGACAACUUCAACGUAAAACCAGACAAAUGUGCAAUCUUAAAAGAAACUGUGAAACGAAUCCGCCAUAUAAAGGAGCAGGAAAAAGUAGCUGCAAAUGAAGAUGCAGUGCAGAAGGCUGAUGUAUCCUCCACGGGUCAAGGUGUCAUCGACAAAGAUGCACUUGGACCAAUGAUGCUCGAGGCUUUGGACGGAUUCCUUUUUGUGGUCAAUCUUGAAGGGCACAUAGUGUUUGUUUCUGAGAAUGUGACGCAGUACCUGAAGUACAACCAAGAGGAGCUUAUAAGCUCCAGUGUGUACAGCAUUCUUCAUGUUGGUGAUCAUGAAGAGUUUGUGAGAAACCUUUUGCCUAAAUCUCUCGCUACUGUGGUGCCUUGGUCCAAUGAAACCCCGAGACGAAACAGCCACACUUUUAACUGCCGUAUGUUGGUUAAACCGCCUGGUGAAGCUGAGGAGGAAGGCCAUGAAAACCAGGAAGCACCUCAGAAAUAUGAAACUAUGCAGUGUUUUGCUGUAUCUCAACCAAAGUCAAUAAAAGAAGAGGGAGAAGAUUUGCAGUCCUGUUUAAUCUGUGUUGCAAGGAGGGCUCCUGUGAAGGAGAGAUCUCAAUUCGCUAAUACUGAAAGUUUUACCACAAAACAUGAUUUAUCAGGCAAACUGAAAUCUCUGGACAUAAAUGCAUUACGUGCAUCAAUGAAGCCAGGCUGGGAAGACUUAGUGCGAAGGUGCAUUCAAAGAUUUCACCUACAAAAUGACAAAGAGAUUGCAUUUGCUAAGAGGCAUCAUCAUGAAGUGUUAAGGCAGGGUCAUUCUUUGAGUCCCGUGUAUCGGUUUUCUUUAUCUGAUGGCACCAUGGUUGCUGCACAAACAAGGAGCAGGCUUAUGCGCACUCAAAACGCGAGCGAGCCUCAGUUUAUCAUGUCACGGCAUGUUGUUCAAAGAGAGCAAAAUGUUUGUGGGAUGAAUCAGGAACCGACUGGACAAGGAAUGGGAAAGUCAUUGAAUCCAAAUUCCAGUGGUCCGGCUCUGGCGGGUGUUUCGGCUGCAGCCACAGGUCAAGAGAUGGCGAUGAACAGCAAUUCUAACUUUGCCAUGAAUGGCCUGAAGGAUCAGACAGGUAUGGGGCAGAUGCCAGGAAACAGGUUUGUUACCGGUGGAAUGAAUCAUGGAUCAAGCAUGCAAGCAGCCACUCCUCAGGGUAGUAACUAUGCACUCAAAAUGAGCAGCCCAUCGCGGAGUAGUCCCGGUGUGACUGCUGGGCAACAGAACUCCAUGCUUUCUCCCAGACAUCGUGGGAGUCCUGGGAUGGUCGGCAGCCCCCGCAUCUCAGCUAAUCAGUUUUCUCCCGUAGGAAACCUGCAUUCUCCAGUCGGGGUUUGUAGCAGCACAGGGAAUAGCCAUAGCUACUCCAGCAGCUCCCUUAACGCACUUCAAGCCCUCAGUGAAGGACAUGGGGUAUCUCAUGGGGCGUCGCCCGAACUGAAAAUGGUGACUUCACAGAGUUCUCCUGGAAGCAUCAGUUCUUCCCUCACCAAAAAGGGGAGCAUGGACUCCAAAGAUUCUUUUGGGUUGUUUGGUGAGCCAGUGUCGGCUGAAGUUGCGGCCAGCCAGCCAGAAAGUGGACUUUCUGGGGAACAGAAAGACAGCGGUGAAAGUAACUUAAAUCCGUUUGGUGGCGGAGAGAGGACUGAUGGCCAAGGCAGAGGGCACGACAGCAAAGGACAUACCAAACUUUUACAGUUACUGAUCACCAAGUCAGAUCAAAUGGAGGCAACCCCUUUGCCAAGUACUCUUGGGGAUUCUAUUAAAGACUCACCAGGCAAUUCAUUAGGACUACUGUCUACUUCAGCAGUGACGUCAUCCACAACCAACACCUCUACAUCACAUGGGCCCUCACUGAAAGAAAAACACAAAAUUUUGCACAGGCUCCUGCAGGACAGCACUUCUCCUGUAGACUUGGCAAAGCUGACAGCAGAGGCCACAGGUAAGGAGCACCACAACCAGGAUGUUGGCGGUUCAAUUACUGGUGGAGAAAUAACAAUCAAGCAAGAGCAGAUGAGCCCCAAGAGGAAAGAAAAUGCACUACUUCGAUACCUACUGGACAAGGACGACACAAGUAUGCAUAAUAUUAAACCUAAACUCGAGCGAAUGGACAGCAAGUUGGAUCCCUGCAUCAGCACUAAACCAACAAUCAAGUCUGAGAAGGAGAUGAACUUUGAGCCAUCAGAACAGCAGAUCAGCAGUGACUUGGAUAACUUAGAAGAAAUUCUUGAUGACCUGCAGAACAGUCAGCUACAGCAGAUUUUCCCAGACAUGAAAACGGUUUCUGCUAGUGGACCAGUUGACAGGCAGACCAUCUUCCAGGACCUCCUGCAAAUUGGCAAUGGAAACGUCUCUGCGUCGCCACUUGGAACACCAAGUCCGUUAUCUGGGAUGUUACAAAAUGCUUUCAAUAAUCCUCGAGCUGUGCAGCCAGGCAGACCACAACAAGGCCGAAACGCAGGACUGGACAUCCACAUGCAGGGUCAGACAAGUGCAGGACCAUUCCCACCAAUACGAAACAGCAGUCCAUUUGCUGUCAUGUCACAGCAAGUGAUGGGCAAUCAGACAAUGCUGAGUAGUCAAGGAGGCUUGGCAGUUAGUGCAGGGAUGGUCAGUAGUAUGGCAAGUGGAGCCCCCCGACCCAGCAUGGCUUCUGUAGACUGGUGUCAGUCGAGCUCUGCUGCAAACACCACGGGCAGCUCAGGAUCCAACACAAUAAGCAGGACAACACUGCAAGGCAGCAUGAUCGGCAGUCCUACAUCUGCUAUUCCAAUGAGACCCAACAGUCAGCCUGGUCAGAGAUCGAUGCUCCAAACGCAAAUGAUGGGGUCAUCAGAAAUUGAGGUGGGUAUGGGAGGUUCAUCGUAUGGUCAGCAACAAGCACCUCCAAACCAAACAGCACCUUGGCCUGACAGUAUAAUGCCUAUUGAUCAGGGGCCUUUUGCCAAUCAAAAUCGUAGGCAGUCGUACAGCAGUUCUCAAGAUGAUCUGCUUUGUCCAUCUUUACCAACGGAAGCUACAAAUGAUGAGGGUGCCAUUCUAGACCAGUUACGUUCAGCACUAAAAAACAUUGAUGAACUGGGACUGGAGGAAAUUGACCGGGCACUUGGAAUACCUGAACUCGUUAAUCAGAGCCAAAGUGUGGAUCACCAGCCAGAGUCUUUUCCGAGCCAGAAGUCCACAAUGAUGGUAGAAAAACCUCAAGUCUAUAAUCAGCCAUAUGGUCCACAGACGACAGUAGUACAAGGAAACUAUUCUACCAUGCAGGAACCUAACUUUCAUCCUCUGGCAGCUCAAAUGGGACAACGCCCAGGAUACCCGAUGUUACGUAUGCAACCAAGGCCUGCACUGAGGUCAUCUGGGAUGGUGCCUAACCAGCCCAAUCAGCUCCGGCUUCAGCUUCAACAAAGGCUUCAAGGACAACAAAUAAAUCGACAGCCACUGAUGAACCCACUCACCACUGUCUCAAAUAUGAAUCUACCUCUAAGAGCUAGUGUGCCACCGCAGAUGAGUGGUCAGGGACCUAUAAAUGCACAGAUGCUGGCCCAGAGACAGCGUGAACUUCUGAAUCAGCACCUGCGCCAAAGGCAAUUGAUUCAGCAGCAACAGCAGCAGCAGGUGCAACAGAGAACCAUGAUGAUGCGGCAGCAGGGCCUGAACAUCCCACCAAAUAUGGCAGCCUCUGGCAGCAUAGCAACUGCCAUGAGCACUCCUCGGAUUCCUCAGGCAUCACCACAACAGUUCCCAUACCCUCCGAACUAUGGUACUGGGCUUACUUCCCCACCACCUUCCACCAGCCCUUUCUCCCCGGUGUCCCCAAAUCCUGGGUCACAGCUCCUCUCUCACAGCUCCUUGCAUGGCUCCCAGAUGAAUCUGGCUAACCAGGGAAUGAUAGGAAAUGUGGGAGGACAGUUUGGGCCUGUAAUGAGUCCCCAAAUGCAGCAAAAUGCCUUCCAGUUUCCCAGCUCAGGAAUGAAUCAGCAGUCUGAUGCAGGGUUUGGUGGGUCGACAACCCCCCAAAGCCCAUUAAUGUCUCCAAGGAUGAGUCAUACACAGAGUCCAAUGAUACAGCAGUCUCAGCCUACACCUACCUACCAAUCACCUUCUGAGAUUAAUGGCUGGCCACAGGGAAGCAUUAAUGGAAACAGCAUGUUUUCACAGCCGUCCCCACCACAGUUUGGACAGCAGGCAAACACCAGCAUGUACAGCAACAACAUGAAUGUCAGUGUUUCUAUGGCAACCAAUACUGCUGGUAUGAACAACAUGAAUCAGAUGUCAGGGCAGAUCAGCAUGACCUCAAUGACCUCUGUGCCUACAUCAGGGUUGUCCUCAAUGGGUGCUGAACAGAAAUAUUGCUGACCAUCUGGAUUGCUGUUCCUCCUGUCUUCAACUAGGUCCAGAAGGUCCACGUGCUUGCUGAUGUACAGUGCAAGGUCAACAUUUAGGUGGUAACAAUUAUACCAACAAACAAGCUCCACCAGAUCAAGCCAAGAAAAUUGCAGCAGCCAAUUGAACUCUCAGCCAGUCUCAGAGAAAUUCUUAUUACAAGUGUUGCUAACAGAGUGACAGGCUCCUUAGUAGCAACGUACUUGCCUACCGAAGCUGCUUUGUCCAUUAAUUGCAUUCACCAUAAGUGUGACUUAAGUCUGUCCUCACAACAGAUCGACAUCGGCUUCGAACCUUGUCCGAUGAAUGUAUUUCUAUCGUCGUUUUGCAGAAUGAUCAGCUCUUUGCGCUUUUUUUUUGAUCCUCGGUGGUUGCUGACUUUUCUGCUAUUUAAUCCAGUGUGCAGGCUUUCAGCCAUAUUUCCCUUCAGUAUUUAGAAAUGAAGCCUUUCUUUAAAAGGUUCUGCUGUGAAUAUAAAUAAACAUACCAAUAAGCUGAAAACUGUAAGAAUAAAGAAUUUGAUUUGGAAGGUAUUUAAAUGGAAUAUAAAUUUUGUUUCUGAUAAAGCCAAAUGGGGAAUAGACUUCAGGUGGUUUGUGACUUCUGUCAGCAAGAGUUGGUGCGUUAUCUUUUCAUGCUGUGCUUGUGUUCUGCAGUCACAGUUCAAUAUCCAGGGUGCAUGAAACUUUUGCCCUAAUUUUUCAUUAUAUUGAUGAAAUAAUAUAACACUUUGGCUCUGCAGACUGAGGCUACCUAUUAAACAUUAUCAGCUCCACAGACUCCCACCUCUCACACCAGAUUAACUUAUCUGACCAUAACUUACAUGCUGAUUGAAAAAUAUAGAAUUACCAACAUCUCAUAAUAAGACCAAUCUAAUGCUUUGCUGUGGUUACCAAUCCAGACAGGUGACCAAAUGUGUAGCUUCUUCACUUUCUCUCUCUCUCUCUCACUCACACUUACUCAGACUCCUGAUUGUUCUCCCAGGCCAGAUCUACAUGCUAGAUCCGACAGCUUGUCAGAGAUGGGGACUCAUGUUCUGUACCCAUGCACAAAAUGCAGAAUAGUUUUCUCUUGGUCGUUUGGACUGUCUCAGGAAAGCCCUUAAUGCCACCCUGCCCCCAAAACCACUCCAGUUCCCCCAACUAAAGGCAGGAAUUGGUAACUAUUUCUCUCUGCAGUACAACAGAAGAGUCUGUCACACACCCAGACAGAGUUCCAAUUUGACGACUAACACCCGAUCUUCCUACAAAAGAAAAGUUCCCAUCGUACAAAUGUUAAUCACUCCCCUCGGCGCUAAAGGCCAGCUACCUUAUCACCAUCGCCACCGUCCCUUCUUCAAGAGCAUGACUGUUUGCUCCUCAUGGGCUGUGUUCUUUCCACCAGUAGCAGCAGACUAACAGACUGGCUUGUUUCGGCUCCUUUGCGGCCUUAUCUCUGUCAACCAGUGUGAUCCAGCCUCUCCUCCACACAGACUGAGGUGCAGCACUGAGUCCAGGUGUAUCACUGAAAGCAGCCAGGUAUUUCUCCACCUCAAUACUUUCAAAUAAUUCUGCAAUGGCAGAAUAUCAAAAGCAAGUAUAAAAUGUUUCCCUCCUUGGUGUACAUUUCUUGUCCAUUUUGUACAAUUUUCCAGCAAAUAAUGUUUUUCAUUAGCACUGGUCAAAGUUAACUGAAAAGUCAUGGGUUUCUGAAUACCCAGCUGGGUACUAAUGCACAGACAGGAAAAUUGAAGAGUUAUUUUUUAUUUUAGCUGGACUUUUAAAAUGAGGAGAUGCCCUGUGUUGAGCUUCACUGCUAAUUCACCGUGAUUUAACAUUGCAACUCGGUAAUCAUGGAGAGUAUUACUAAAGUUAAUUUUCUAAUUCUGUUAAUUGUCCCUGAACAAUCAUGUGGUUUGGGACUGAACUGUACAAAGGGGUUUAAUUUCAGGGUCGUGUACGUAAAAACUUAAUCAGCAUCUGACGAGAAACUCACAAAAUGGUGCGUACUAUCUUCUGUACAGAACCAAUAUUGCAUUACAGGACUCAUUGCCGUUCUGGUAUCAAGUCACAUAGUUUUUUUUACUCUAAUGCAAAAUUCAUCAUGUUAACCAUUCUAUUGACCCCUGAAUAGGUUUGGAGUUUAGUUAAGGUUUGUUGAGUUUCUUUUUAUAGGUGUGUGGGAGGGGGUUUAAGUGUCUUCUUCAUUCUGCAUUUAUUAUGUAGCCAAUCAAAGCUUUUGGCUUUGAAAAAUUAAGCAGAUAUUGUGAAACAUACUCUCACAAUAUACCAAAUGCUACAAUAUCAGCAGUUCCAUUAAGGCAGACUAUUCGAUGCAGUUUAGUUCCAACGCAAUGCUAUCCUAAUAUGUAUAUUAGAUCCAAUCAUUAUAACUAUUAAAUUCACCUUCACACUCAUGACUUUGCUUCUGGUGUGUUUAGUUGAGUUUACUCGCAUAAGCUUGCAUGGGAUAGUAAUGCUUGCAUUGUGAGCUAUAAAAAUUAAGGUAUUAUGGACUGUUCAAGCUUAUUGUUUUAAACUAAAUUGUUCAUUGCAGUCCGAUUGUGCUGAGGGCGGACCUUUUUGUGAGCUGCAGAACCCUAGUGCUUCAUUAUGAUUUCCUAAAGUCAGUGGCAGUUUCCAAAAGCUAAAUUGUGUAGAUCUAGAUUCAGACGUCACCACAAGUAAGAGAAUACAAACAGCCAUAACAUUUUCAUAUGGUACAGUAUUUUGUAAAAUAAGAUUUGAUGACUUUUGGAAAGCUGUUAGCUAUACAAGAGUGAUGUAUGUAACCAAGCAAUAAAUUUUACUUGAGAGCAUUAUGUUUUACAUACUUGUGGUAUUUUGAUGAAGUAAAAUUCUUAAGCUGCUGAUUUAAAGUGAGGUACUACAGUAUUAUAUUAGAUACCUUAGCAGCAGUGUCUGUCGUUUAUUUUGUAAAUAAAAGAAUCAUGAUGCCUUGAUAGGUAGCUAACAAGUCUGUUUCAGUAGCAUUUGAGGCUAGUGUCUUAAAUGGCUCUUCUACUAGAUAUUCUGCAGCCACUUUUAGAUUUCCAAAAUGUUUGAAUAUCAUGCCAAAACCCCAAACUGCUACUUCGGUGCAUGUAGCUUCUCUCAGUCUAAUUUAUGAUUUAAAUUGGGAAAAAUUUGUUGAUUGGGUUGGAAGCAGGUGUUUUAUUAUGUAGUUUCUCUCUCAAGCUGUAACGUUCUGAGUCCUGAUACCUCACUGUUUUUGUGUCAGGCUGUAUGGAACAUGCCGUCAUUUAAGGCCCAAAACCCACACUGAUCAUAUUGAUCACUGUACAAACUGAAUACAGACCUGUUUUUGCCUCAACAAUUGCUUUUAGAAAGGAAAAGCUGCCACAUCUCAGCUAUAGAUUGUUCAUUUGAUAAAGAAAUGUAUUCUAUCUGUGUGUCCAAAUAACAUUGUGUUUCAGAUUGCUUUGGUAUGAUAUAGCUUUAUGUAAAUACUGCUGUGAAAUAGAAAAGUAUUCUGAAAUGCAGGCAUUUAGAGCCUAGACCUUUGCAUUUAUGUCUAUGGGAACAUUGUGUAAUAAUCCAGCAAGCUUUUCUGUAUUUACCCUAUUUCAUAUCUCUGCUUUAAUUUGAAAUAUAUGGUUUGUGACAGGGUGUUAUUACUUUUUGAAAGUGUGCAAAUAACCACUGUGUAGUUACCUACAAAGCCAAAAGAUUUAAACACAAAUAUCUGAAUGGAAGGGGGGGGUGGGUAGGUGUGUUUCACACGUUCAUUUAAACUCUGCACUGUAACCCCAAUUUAUAUCGCCUCUAGAUCUGAAUGCAUAAAGGUCUACUCUCUUAGAAAGUGGAUCAUGGGAGCUACUUUCAUUGGGAAGCAACAUCUUUGAUUGUAUUAUGUUCAAUCUUAAACAUUUUCCUCUAACAGACUUAAAGAAAAAGGAAUCAAAGCUAACAUUAAGAACAAUGUAUUCUAGUGGUGUAACAUUGCAGACAAGCAGGGCUGUGUUGCUCCGUUUUGCAAAAUCCAAAGAUUUCACUGAGUUGAUUUUAAAAUACAGUACAGCUAAGCCAUGGUGUGUUGGUGUCAUUCAACAUCAUUUUAUAGUAUUUCUACACAGUUGAUUGUUGACUGGAUGCAGACCCAUUCUCUGCACAAACAAUUCUAUGGAUUUUCAAUUUGAUAGGCAAACCCCGUCUACUUUUUCAUUUAGAGCUUGAAUUUGUUUUGUAAGAUCUGUCAAUUUCUUAGUACAGUGCAGGAACCUCAAAUGCUAUAAAUUAGCAUAAUGCCUUAGAUAUGUUUUUAUGUCCUGUAUAUUCCUAGCAGCUCUUUGUUGUAUUAUAUUGUUUGUAUAGUGAAUUGUGUAAAAUUUUUUGGAUGUGUCAUCAGUUAUUAUUUUUUUGUCAGAUAAAUAGAAAUAAUGGUUGCCUACUGCAAUAUGGACCCAUGAUUAUUGCUUUGUUUUUUUUUACAUACAUUACUUUGUUCCUUUUGUGGUCAGUAGUGGGGCACUAUUUGUAAACUUUUCUCCCCCCUCCCCCAAAUCUCUGAGUGGUGUAUAUUGACGAAUUGCAAAUUCUAAGCAAUAUGUAAAGUAAGUUUCUUCAGCAGAAGGCUUACAGUAUUGCAAGUUCAGAGAUGUAUUUUUUUUUAGUUCACACUAAACACUUUUUUUUCCUUUGGGCAUCCAUGUUUGUAUCCUUAUUGUGAGCAUUUUAUGCCAACUUAGGUAUAUUCAAAAAGAUUAAAUACAUUUAUGCAAGUUGUUAACUAAUAUUGCUUUUGCUGAGGUCAUUUGCUUAAUUGAUGUUAAAUAAUGCUGUUGUAAAUAAAGAAUCCUGUUAUUGCGAUGUUUAAUAAAAUUUAAUUCCUUUGAA